AUGGCCACGGCUGAGGGGUCCUUGGAGGUUCAGCAGCAGCAGGUAUGGAUGCAGCAGCUGUCCAACGAGCUCUUCAAUGAAGCGGCCUCAAUAGGAGAUCAAAUUCUGGCACAAGCUGAGUCAGCCAUUGGCACGACCAAGAGCGCUGUGAUCAAGGUCUUGGCAGCCUGUGACCCUCUGCAAGCGUUGGCCAAGAAGUUUGAGGAGGCCACCAGGGUCUCCAAGUCGCAGCAGCUGGCGCAGCAGGCGGAGCAACAGGCAGAGAGGCAGAACCUUCCCGCCGUAGAGCUAUCCCGUGAACGCUUGCAGUCCGCCAGAGACGACCGUGACCGCGGGGUCCUCAUUGCUGCCUGCCAACAGGUGAAAAUGACAGUUGCAGAAGCAACGACCAGUGCUGCAUUGGUGUUUCAGGCUGUUCAGCUUGCUCAUCAAGCAGCUCCGGCCAUCAGAACAGCCACAGGUGAACGCCUCAGAAUGCUGGUGGCAAUGAAUUUAGAGUCGAAGCCAAAUACAUGGUACAGUUGCAUGCUGACACCACGGACGGAAGUUCCAAGUGAACUCCCAAGUGAACAAAAGCUUCCUUCGGAGGAACUUCCAUCUGCAGAGGAGAUCCUGCGACAUUUGGCUCCCAGAUGGCUCGCGAGCACUUAUGCGACCAAGAAGCUUUCAUGUGAGAUGGUUGAGACUGCCGCCGACCUGGCGACGCUGCAGCGCGAGGACUUGCGCGAACUCGGCUUCAGCAUGGUCGAGGCAGCCAAGGUCAUCACUUGGGCCCAGGUCAUAAAACGGCCAGACUGUCCCGCUCCCGCGGAAGAAGGGCAACCCAACUUGGUGCGCUUAUCCUCCGAUGUGCCGGUGAGCCCAUGGCCGGAAAUGUCGCGAUGCCGAGAGGUAAAAACUGCCAAGUCGAGCCCUUCAACAAGCCCUUGGGCAGAAUCCAAGGCCGAAGAGCUCCGACUUGACGAGAUUGAAGGACAAGUGGACUUUUGGGUAAGCUGCUUUGCCAGCGGCAUGACCUGCACUCCUGCGCUAUCAACCUCCGAUGCCCUGCCACAGGAAGAUGUUCGUGAGAAUAUCUUGGAAGCCUUCUUCGAUUGCACGCCUGAGCGCAUUAGGGAGGUCUUCAUCAGCAUGGAUACGGACAGCGACGGACAUGUGACUGUGGAGGAGUUGCGCGUGGGGCUGGAACGCUGCGGCAUAACAGGUUUUGACAACGAGACCUUGGCCAAGGUUUUUGAGCACGUCACAGGUACUGGCAGGAAGCUUCACUUGCAAGCCUUUGAGACCAUUUUGUGCCGCUUGCGCCUUGCAAGUCUGCUAAUGAGACCUUGGAGAGCCAAGAGUUUGAGCGUCAUGGACUUCGACUCAAGCAGGGUCUCAGACUUCGAAGUCACAUCGGACAACAUGUGCCAAUUCUUCUUCGGGCACCGUCUUUGCACAUCGGAACGCCACUCCCUGAUCGGUGCCAGUCCCAAGUGCGCCGCCAACAUCGUGUCUCUAUCCAGUGUCUUUGGUGCAAAGGACCUGGUGAGGUGGGUGCACAUGGCGAGCUUCGACAUCCAUUUGCUGUUUGCCCUCACGGUAAAGUACACCUUACAUCCGUUGAGUGUCGAGGACGUGAUCGAGCAGUGUCAGACAAAGAUAGAUCGUCUUGGCGGUCACUACUUUUUGACCAUUGAGCUUUUGACGCUGGUAGAUGGCGAUACCAGCAAAGGGCUGCACCCUGUGCGCGUCCGUGGGCAACACGUGGCGGCCUUUUGUUCUGGACCCCCGCAACUGGACACCCUGAUCACAGUGGCUCAGGCGGAUCGGAAAUUUACCGAAGAAUGGCCUGGAGGAGCGCCACAGGUGGAAGUGGCCGGCAGUUGGGUGCCGCGAAUGCAGCAACGACUGCGAGCAGCUCGAUCCAGGUUGCGGGAGCGCCGUGCCGAUUCAUUGCUAUACGCUUUGGUGGAUCUGUGCGCAGAUGAGCUGGUGGCGGUGACCCGAGCCUUCUUCGCACGGCUCACCUGGUUGGAGGAGGACCUACGCAUCCGGGGCAAUCGCAGCCUUUUGGAUUUGGGUGAAGUCUCCCUAGCACAGCUUCAACUGGCUAUCGUUGCGCGCCGUUUGCGGAGUCUGCAGCGGGUGGUGCGCCGGGCGAGUGAAUAUCAAGAAUUACAUACGACAGGGUCGGCAGACUAUUGGAGGGAUUGUGCAGAGCACCUGGAGGAAGCCUAUGAGGACACGCUGCAGAUGAAGGAGCGCUGUGAUGCCCUGAAGUCCGCUCACGAGGCAGUGAUUGAGCGAGGACAGGCAGAGGAGCUUCAGAUGCAGCACGAUGAGCAAGCAGCACAGGCGAAGAAGAUGAAUAUCAUGCUUUUUUUCCUUACGGUUGGCUCCACCAUCUUCACGCCAGUGACCUUUAUGUCCUCAGUGUAUGGCAUGAACUUCGAGAACACGGCAGGGACGCCGACAAUCCCAUUCCUAUUAGAGGAAGAAGGCUAUACAUACUUUUGGUAUGGCGUGCUGGUCUAUUUUACGCUUGCCAUCAGCUUUGUGGUGAUGGCGGAAGUGAUGGCAGUGGUUUCUACAGCUUCUCCUCAACAAAGGCGGUCAUCACCACUACUGUUCAGAAGCCUCUUCCUGGCCCUGAAAGGGAGGUUAUGCCCAUUGAUGAGCACCGCGACGAAAUCGCGCAGAGUGACUUGUAUCCAGGGUGAAACUGGUUGUGGCAAGAGCAGCCGCGUUCCGCAGUAUGUCUAUCACCUGUGCCGGCAGCCGCCCAAACGACCUGGGGAUGAAAAACUCAUCGUCUGCACACAGCCAAGACGUCUCGCGGCCUUGACCCUAUCGCAGCGUGUCGCCAAAGAGAUGGGCCUGGACCUCAUGCUUUUCAUCGCGAUUGCCGUUGGUUAUGAUGUGAUGUUUUGUUUUCUUGUUUUUUUUGCAGCUAUAUGCUGCAACAUUCCGGGGGACGGAUUCUUUCAUUCGUAUCAUUCGUGCAUUUUUUGCAGUCCUUACUUCAGAAUACCCGAAAUCUCUCCUACAAGAGUUGCCGAGAAUUCAAGUAGUGAAGCCGUCCCAAUGUGCCAGGCGAGCCUUCCAUUGGUGGCCUUGUUGGUUUUCGAAUCUCAGGUGCGCUGA